AUGCUGCCUCCACCCUCUGUUCCCAUGACGAUUGACAACCCCACAAGCAAUGGCCAACUCCAUCAAUUGACAACCACCGUACACGAUUGCCUUCAACAGCUUGUCGCAGCACUUGACGCCAGAGCUUCUUUACUUGCCGAUUGUGGUCAACUGAAUCUCGCCAUGGGCGAUGCAUCGGCUAUCAUGACUAUUGCACCAACUUCAGUAACCUAG